AUGGCCAGCCAGUUACGCCUCCCUGUCACCUCGCGCCUCUCGUCCUUGAAACCCUUGAAGUCGCUCUUAGGAGAAAUUCAAGCGGGCAUCUGUGUGGCCAUCCAGCGCAGCGACGGGCGGAUCCACCGCGCUGUAGUCACAGACAGCAAAAGAGAAAAUGCUUGGGUCACGGUAGAGUGGGUCGAAAAAGGAGUCAAAAAAGGCAAGAAGAUUGAUCUAGAGACAAUAUUCCUGUUGAAUCCAGCGCUGGUCUCUUCUGAACACCGCACUCCGCCCAGGUCGUUGCCCCCCUUGUCUCUAGCGCCCUCUCCGGCCAUCGGGGACCAGCGUAUGGCCACGCGGUGGAUUGCGACAAACCCCCAGAAAAACGAAACGCCCUCAGGGGACAGCCUGGCUGUGAGAGUCCCCAGCAAUCCUUGCCUGAUGAAGCGGAAGAAGUCUCCCUGCCUUCGGGAAAUUGAGAAACUGCAAAAGCAGCGGGAGAAGCGCAGGCGGCUGCAGCUGGAGAUCAGAGCCCAACGAGCCCUCGGCGUCAACACGGGAAACCCCAAGUACGAGGUGAUGCGCAUGAUCCAAGAGUACCGCAGCCGCCUGGACCGCAGCUUGAUGUCCCGCCCGGAGCCGCGGGAAGACCCUCGCAUCUGCGUCUGCGUGAGGAAGCGGCCACUCAACCAGCGAGAGACCACCAUGAAGGACCUGGAUAUCAUCACGAUCCCCUCCGACAAAGUGGUCAUGGUACACGAGUCCAAGCAAAAGGUGGACCUCACCCGCUACCUGGAGAACCAGACCUUCUGCUUCGACCAUGCCUUCGAUGACACCGCCUCCAACGAGUUAGUGUACCAGUUCACCGCCCAGCCGCUGGUGGAGUCCAUCUUCCGCAAGGGUAUGGCCACUUGCUUUGCCUACGGGCAGACGGGCAGUGGGAAAACGCACACCAUGGGUGGAGCCUUUUCUGGAAGGGACCAAGACUGUUCCAAAGGCAUUUACGCCCUGGUGGCGCAGGAUGUCUUUCUCCUGCUCAAAACUUUAGCUUAUGAGAAGCUAGACCUCAAAGUCUAUGGGACAUUUUUUGAGAUUUAUGGGGGCAAGGUGUAUGAUUUGUUGAACUGGAAGAAGCAGCUGCAAGUCCUUGAGGAUGGCCAUCAGCAAAUCCAGGUGGUCGGGCUGCGGGAGCAGGAGGUGUGUUGUGUGGAGGACGUGCUGAACCUCGUGGAACUAGGGAACAGCUGCCGGACUUCAGGACAGACAUCUGUCAAUGCCCACUCUUCCAGGAGCCACGCCAUCUUCCAGAUCAUUCUGAAGUCGCAAGGGAAACUGCAUGGCAAGUUUUCCCUCGUUGACUUAGCUGGGAACGAAAGGGGAGCAGACACUGCCAAGGCCAACCGGAAAAGGCAGCUGGAAGGGGCGGAGAUCAAUAAGAGUCUCCUGGCGCUCAAAGAAUGCAUCCGGGCUUUGGGUCAGAACAAGUCCCAUACCCCGUUCAGAGCCAGCAAACUCACACAGGUGCUCCGGGACUCCUUCAUAGGCCAGAACUCCUCCACUUGCAUGAUUGCUACUAUCUCUCCAGGGAUGGCCUCUUGCGAAAACACCCUCAACACUUUAAGAUAUGCAAAUAGAGUAAAAGAAUUAACUCUACAUUUAAGGCCCCACCAUCGUCUCUGUCCAGUUGCACAUGAGGUGCCCGAGAUGUUGGAAAAUGACAUUAGAAAUUCAGAAAUGUCCCUUCAGAGGGAUGAAUUUAUUAAAAUACCCUGUAUCCAGAGAGAGGAGCAGGAAAAGACUAAAGAAACUGAAACAGUAUCCUCUCCAUUAAUGGAGGAUACAACAACUUCGUGGAAGAAAUCAAGCCAAGGGCCGGGGAACAAUAUCCGGGAGACAGCUGAUGGGGUAAACGCUGAUGCUGAUUUUUGCGUUGCACAGUUAUUGUCCAUUUUGGAGCAGAAAAUAGAUAUUCUAGCUGAGAUUCAAAAGAAACUGAAAUUAUUACAAGCUGACCUCCAAAAGAAGAGCAGGUAUGACGAACCCACUGACGAGAGAUCAGAUCUGAAAUGA